GUUAUCGCAGUUCGUGGCUGCGCGAUCGUGAGGACGGUCGGGAUCUUCGUCGUCACUUCGCUCAGACCAGACUUCCGCGGCGUAGGUCCUCUUUCCGAAGAAGAAGAGGAAGGAGAAGAAGAGGAAGAAGAAAAAGGAAUUGAGUUAGGGAUAAGAGGAGGAGGAGGAGGAGGAGGAGGAAGAGGAAGAGGUGGAGGAGUUGAAACGAAUACGAACACGAAUAGAUAGAGACGAAGAAGAAGGCAAGACGAAGACAGAAGAACGACGAGGAGAGUGCAACGACUACGAGUCUCUCUCUCUCUCUCUCUCUCUUUCUCUCUCUCUCUUACUCUUUAUAGUGCAAUCAAGGGCGUAGAUAACGUAUUAAUAAAACGUCGAAAAUGUUCUCCGGUUUAACGAACCAAGUUUCAAAUUGGAUGGGAAAGAAAGCUGACGAAGUUCCAGAACUUCCACCGGAGGAGAAGAUUCCACCGGUCGAAGGUGGCGAACUUGUCGAGGGCGAGAAAAAAGACAGUCCCACGAAAGGCAGCAAGUUCGACAUGCUGGUUGGUGUAAAAUCUCAAAUGACUGGCUGGCUCAGUGGUGGUAUUCCAGGAUUGAGUCGUGGUGGACCGAAUGACACUAAUAAUCCAGUACCACCAACGGAAACGAAUGAAAUUCAGAACGUACAGAAUCCUCAGGAGAUCACGACAGAGCAAACGAAGGACGACGAUGCCAGCAGUGCAACUGGCGGAGCAGAUAGUGGUCCUGGUAGUCUAGGAGGGACACCGACCGAGGACAAGGAAGGACAACAACCUUUCGGUGCUGUUUCGACAAAAGCAUUGGCAGGCGCGAAGAGUCUCGGAGGAUUUUUGUACAGCGCUGUGAACAAGGCCGGCAAGACAGUGGUCGAGGCCAGUGUGAAAAUCAAGAAGACGGUUGAAGAAAACAGACUGAUUGCCGAACUCAAUAAAGAGCAAGAGGCUUUCAUCGCAAGUAAGCAAGAUGGAAAGGGCGAAGCAGUUGCUCCAUGGGUUGGAGCACCGAACGAGGAUGUGUUGCGCGAGGAAUGUCUGUCUCUAUCUACGGAACGCCGUAACUUCACGAGAGCACCACCACCCGAUGUUGAAUUCGCUUGGGAUUUCGAGGCCAUUCAGCCUGUAGCACGAGCCACGCUUGCCCUGGACCCUAAUCUCGAGAAGAUGAGAUAUGAAUUGGUUCCGAAAGUCGUAUCGGAGGACGAAUUUUGGCGCAAUUAUUUCUACCGAGUGUCGUUAUUGCGACAGAGCCACGAGCUUAACGCGAUGGCCAACCAACAGGAAAGCGAAAACCCCAAUCAAAAUCUCAGCACCACCGAUAGCAUGGAUCAUACUCAAGUUCAAGUGACCACUGGCCAAGAAACGAGCAGCACUGUGACGACGGGCAAUAACAACACGUUGGCCGAUUCACCAGGUCACGAAUUCGUUUCCGAUAGUAUGAGGGUCUCGGACACGGACCUUGAGGAGGUUCGAGAAGGCAUGAAAAAGCUGGGAAUGCAACCAUCGAAAGAACUCUCUUCUCGUUUAUGUUGAGCCUUGCGUAUAUCUCGAGAAAUCUGAUGACGCCUGUCAACUAAACGACCGCUUUCCAUUUCUAUUUUGUCAACAGCCUAAAAAGAAGAGGAGAACUCCCAUAUUGCCAUUAUCCAAAAAGCACACCCCCCCUAUUCUUCAGAGAAUACGACAAGCCUAAACCCUUUUCUUUUAAUAUCAUUUCUCUUUUCCGUUUUCCUUUUCUUUCGUAAAAUCGACGAUAUCGGUUUUAAUUUUUAUAUUUUUUUUCUUUUUCUUUUUUCUUUUAUCUUCAUUUUAAAUUUCCGUGAUAUCACUCAAAUGGAACGUCUUUCUUUUUAUUUUUACAUUCAUUACCAUCGCGCAUUACAUUCAUUUCUGAACUAUUCACUAAACGAGUUGUUGUUAUUAUUAUUAUUAUUAUAUUAUAUAUAUAUAUUAUUAGAAUUACUUAUUUAUUAUUGUUCUUUUUAUUAUUAUUAUUUUUUUUAUUAUUAUUAUUAUUUUUAUUAUUUUUCUUUUUAUUAAUAUUAAAUUAUGCACCGACGAUCCUUUUUUCCCAAACGACUCCGUUCGGUUCAUCCUCUCAUUGCCGACAGUCAUCGCGAUUUCAUGUCGGUCAUCUAAUAUCACUUCUAAACUAAUUGAAAGUUUAGGAAUAUUAUUAUGAUUAUUGUUACACCGUCAUCGCUGAUAAUUGUCAUAUUAUUGUCAUAAAUAACCUAGUCAGUAAUAAGAAUUAAUAAUGUUCGAGGUAAUGUAAGAAAAAGAAAGAAACAAACAAACAAACAAAAGAAAUAAAAAAAGCUAACAAACUAUGUAUUAAAGAGCAAGAGAGUGUGGUAUUUAGGAGGUAAUAGAAAGUGUUGUAAUCAAUAUGAGAGGAAUGGUGUGAGAGAAAGGGAGAGAAAGAGAGAAAGACCUUAGAGACAUUCCCAUAUGGUCGAAGAGAGAAAGAGAGAGCGAGAGAGAGUGAAAGAGAGAGAGAGAAACAGAGUGAGAGAGUGGGAGAGAACGUAAUAUACUAUAAUCGAAUAAUUAAAUAAAAGGAAAAAAAUAAAGCAAACAAACAUACCAACAAACAAAAAACAAGCAAGCCGCCAAGAUAUUCGACUAAAUGUCUUGUAUGUCUGUCCGUUUGUCUGUCGUCUGUCUGUCAAAAAAAAUCUAAUUAAUCUUGUCUCUUCUCGAUUCUCUCCGUGUUGUAAAACGUCAUUUAAAAAGAAGAAAAAAGAAAAAAAAGAAAAAAAAGGGGGAAAAAAAAGAAAAAAAAAACAAAAAAGGAAAGAAAGAAAAAGAAAAAAAAUAAUAAGUACUAACAAAUAAUUAAGGUAUAAAUUAAAGUGAAAUAAUAAUAUAAUAAUAAUAAUAAUUAUAAUUAUAAUUAUAAUAAUAAUUAAAAAAAAAGAAAUAACAGAAACCAUAUAAUAAAAAAAUCGUACUAAUUCGAAAAGACAGAGAGAGAGAGAGAGAAAUAGAAAGAGAAAAAGUUGAAAGGAUACGCGUGAAUCGUCUUUAAGGGUCGAAUUAAUUAACAAGAAGAACAAAUGUAAGAGAAAGAAAUAAGAAAGAGAAAAAGAAACAGAGAGAGAGGGAGAGAAAGAGAAAGAGAGAGAGAGACAGAGAAUGAGAUAGAGAAAAAUAAUAGUGAUAACAAAGAAUAAACGAAAUUAACGUCGCGACCUAAAGACUUGUCAGCGCGCCUCUAAGCAUAGGUACCUUCCUAAUAAGAGAUUAACGGGUAAUGACUUUAAAAAAAAAAUAAAUAAAGAGAGAAAGAGACAGAGAGAGAGAGAGAGAGAGAGAGAGAGAGAGAGAAGAGUCGGUGAAAACUAAAUAAACAAUAAAAAUUCAUUGAAUGACAAUACGCGUUUUACGGGGGUGGUUUGGGGAUGUAAGUUAAAAAGCAUGAAUAAUGAAAAAGUGAGAAAAAAGAGAGAGAGACAGAGAGAUAAAGAUGAAGAACGAUAAAUAGAGAGGGGAAAAAGAGAAAAAAAAAUAUACGAAAGAAAGAGAGAUAAAAAUACGAGGAAAUAAAAACUUCUUCGUCUCGUUUCUCGCGGCCGUAGUUACUUAGAUCGAAUGAGAACUUUCCUUCCGAAUGAUCUUUCUUUCUUUUUUUUUCUUUCCUUUUUUUUUCUCUCUCUCUUCUUUUCUUUUCUCAUCCUGUCUUACACGAACGAGAGAGAAAAUAAUAAAAAUAAUAACAAUGAGGAUAAUAAAAAUAAUUUAGAAAUAAUUAAGUAGCACGAUGUCUUCGAGUUUUUCUACGUGGACGCACGUUUGAACGGUGUGUAUCGAAAAAAAAUAAAUAAAUAAAUAAAUAAAAAUGAAAAAAAAAAUUAAAAAGAGAAAGAAAAGAUAAAAAUAAAAUAAAUGUCGAGAUAUUCGUCUCCAUCUCGUACGUAGAGGAUCAUGUUUUUGUGAAAUGGAAAAGAGAAAAAAAAGAAGAAAAAAGAAAAAAGAGCAGAUUCGGAAGGGAAGGCAAAGAUACGAUCUCGUUUUAAUAAUACAAUUAAUAUGAUUAUUAUUAUAUUAUUGUUGUUAUCGUCGUUAUUAUAAUUGCAUUUAUAUUAUUAGUAAUAUUAUUACUAUUAUUAUUAUUAUUAUUAUUAUUAUUAUUAUUAUUAUUAUUAUUAUUAGUAUUAUUAUUAGUAUUAUUAUUAUAUAUCAUUAUACAUCGUGUUAAUAUUCUCAUUACGAUGAAAUCGAAAAAUGGCAGCGAGCGUUCGACUUGGCCAAUUUUUCAAUAUUACAAAAAAAAAAGGAAAAAGAAAAUAGAAAAUAGAAAGAAAGAAAAGAGAGAGAAAGAGAGAAAGAGAGGAAGAGAAAAAACGGAAUACAGUAUUCUCUUCAUCGACUGAGUUUCGUAUUAUCAUUCCUUCGGUUAUCGAUACGCUUACGUGAUAGUGAUUUAGAGAGGAUCCGUAUACUACGUGUAUAUUGUAUAAAAGCAUAUAUAUAUAUAUAUAUAUAUAUAUAUAUAUAUAUUUCUCGGAUUAAAGAGAUUUACGAUUAGCAAUUUGCGCCAGCUCGUACUCGUUUGGUCUUUAGUCGAAUUGUACAUUUCAUGAAAAAAAGGAUCGUAGAAUCUAUUUAUAGAUCGAUCGAUCAACUCGAUCGUUCGAUCAUUCAUGCAUUGAUAUAAAAUAACAUUCCGAAUAUUCGCGAGCAAGAGGCGAAAAAAGGCAUUAGGAAAAGAGAAAAGAAAGAGAAAGAAAAGGGAAAACGAGGAAAAGCAAAAUAAAUAAAUAAAAUAAAUAAGUAUACAAAAAAGAGAGUAUAUUAACAGCACAUCUAAUAAGUAUCAUCGCCGACCCAAAAUUCUCGUAUUCGCGGUCAUGAUCCCAUUUUUUCGGUUUUCUCGGUUUUCCAUCCUCGUGAUUUAAGUUUAUUUUUUUUUUAUCUGCUCUUAACCCGCAUUACACGUACCAACCUAUACAGAGACACAUACCAACGUCGUUUCUAUCCCUUUUAAACACAGACACACAGAACACAGAAAAACACAUCACACGUAUGACAAAUACAAAAACAUAUGUACUUACGUACGCGUUGAAUUAAUUUCACGCAUACGCGUACGUAAUAUACGACACGUAUUACAGACGAGACACAUAUACGAUAUACGAUACAGAAAACACGAGAGAACACAGUCCAAUACCAUGGCCCUAUGGCUAAAUAGCUACCAACGCUCCUUGUGACUCUCUCCGCAGAAGAAGAUUGGGAACUCGAAUUGGAAGCCGAGCUGAAGGAUUACGAAUUUGUCUCAAGUGGCCAGGAAAGGAGGAACAACGAAUUAGUAAGCGACAUUAUUGGGAAUAAGGACUGGGAGAAGCAGAUCGACGAGAUGCUCAACGAGGGUCAGAACAUUUUUCCAGUGAUUGAUUAAAAAGAGAGUCCUUGCUAUCGCUACAAUAUAUAAUAUUUUUUUGUA